AUGGGUAAACCACGCGGUAUCAGAACUGCUCGUAAACACAAAAUCCACAGACGUGACCAACGUUGGGCUGAUAAAGAUUACAAAAAGGCUCAUUUGGGUACAAGAUGGAAGGCUAAUCCUUUCGCUGGAGCAUCUCAUGCUAAAGGCAUUGUCCUUGAGAAAGUUGGUGUUGAAGCGAAACAGCCGAACUCUGCCAUUCGCAAAUGUGUACGUGUCCAAUUGAUUAAGAACGGAAAGAAAAUCACAGCAUUCGUUCCUCGUGAUGGUUGCUUAAACUACAUUGAAGAGAACGAUGAAGUUUUGGUUGCUGGUUUCGGUCGUAAAGGUCAUGCUGUUGGUGACAUUCCCGGAGUUCGUUUUAAGGUCGUUAAAGUCGCCAAUGUUUCCCUUUUGGCUCUUUACAAGGAGAAGAAGGAACGUCCAAGAUCAUAAACAAUAUUUAAUCAAUGUCGAUUCAUUAAUAAGCAUUCAAUAAGGCAAAUAAACAACUCAGCUUUAUUACAAGAGAACAAAAA